ACCGCACACGAACCCGCACGAGAGCUGCAUCGGAGGACGUAACGCACAGCGAUGACUCGUGAGUGACUUUUGCACCCUGGCGUCGCCGUUUGCUGGCAGGGUUGAUGUGCUCAAGCGUGCCCUGCGUGCCGUUGCGCGCGACGUGUGGUGCGCUAGGUGGCAAUCAGCGUGAGACGGACCGCGCCAAGGCGCAGAAGAAGGCGGCGGCGGCGGCAAAGAAGCCCAAGGAGAGCGCGGCGUCGCUCCAGAAGCGCAGAGAGCAGGACGCCGCCAUCCUGAGAGAGAAGCAGAAGAAAAAGGAGGAAGAGAAGACUACGACUGCGACUGCUGGGGGAGGAAAGAAUUAACACCGGGCAUGGGAUGGUUCUUGCCACGCCGUCCGCUAUCAUGCUCCGUGUGCCCAUCGCGCAGUGUCGCCAUACGUCGUCGUGCUCGGGAACUUUGUGCUUUUUUCUCUGAGAUCUGGACUUGAAAGCUUCGCCUCGCUCGCCUGCAGUGCAGACUUCGCAUUGCUUUCAUUGCAUGUCUCUCCACCUCCUAAUACCCGUUUCACCUUGCAUUGUAACCUUAGGUCUGUCUCGCAAUG